CCCUCCCUUACAAAUCAAGCCUGCAGCGAGCCUCGGUAUAAUGCCAGCGCCACUUUGACGUGGCUUCGGUACUUGAUGCACCGUGUCUUAUAAAAGUUGCAGUGACGUCGUUCAUUUCUCAUAUUCCUAUCAUAACUUCAUCUUUCAUCCUAUAUAUCUUUCACUCUCAUCUCAUCAUACAUUUCAUCACAUCUCAUCUCCUACUCAUCUCAUACCACACACAACACAUACCGCCAAAAUGACACAGAACAAGACUCUCGUUUACAAAAAGAUCCCCACUGGUCUCCCCGUGGCCGGUGAGCAUCUCGUCAUUGAGGACCGCCCCGUCGAUAUCGACUCUGCUCCUCAGGGCGGUGUCAUCGUCGAGCUUCAAUAUGCCUCUUUCGACCCCUACCUCCGCGGCAAGAUGCGCGACACAUCAGUCAAGUCAUACGCCCCCGCCUUCGAGAUCAACGACCCCAUCGUCAACGGCACUCUUGGCAAGAUCAUCAAGAGCGACACCUCUGACUUCUCCGAAGGCGAUCUCGUCACUGGCUUCCUCCCCAUUGCUGAAUACGUCCGUGUUGACAAGGACACCCUUCCCAAGGUCAACUUGAGAAAGGUCCAGAACCCUCACAACCUUGACCUUGGUCUUUUCCUCGGUCCUCUGGGUAUGCCUGGUCUCACCGCCUGGUCUGGUCUUCACCAGAUUGGUAAGCCUAAGAAGGGCGAGACUAUCUUUAUUAGCUCUGCUGCUGGUGCUGUUGGCCAGAUCGUCGGCCAGAUUGCCAAGCGUGAGGGUCUCACUGUUAUUGGUUCUGUCGGUGAUGAUGCCAAGCUUGACUUCAUCACCAAGGAGCUUGGUUUCGAUGCUGGUUUCAACUACAAGAAGGAGAGCCCCAAGGAUGCUCUUCCUCGCCUUGCCCCCAACGGUAUCGAUAUUAACUUCGAGAACGUCGGUGGUGAUCACCUCGAGGCUGCUCUCGACAACAUCAAUGUCGGUGGCCGUAUCCCCGUUUGCGGUCUGAUCUCCGAGUACAACACCCCCGCCGACCAUCGCCAAGGUACCAAGGGUCUUAUCAACCUCAUCGCCAAGCAGGUCAAGAUGGAGGGUUUCCUCGUCGGCAACCCUGCAUUCGGCCCUGCUUACUACAAGGAGCACCAGGAGAACCUCCAGAAGUGGCUUGCCGACGGCAGUGUCAAGGCCAAGCUUUACGUCACUGAGGGUAUCGACAACGCCGCUGAGGGCCUCAUCGGUAUGCUCCAGGGCAAGAACUUUGGCAAGGCUGUCCUCAAGCUCAAAUAAAUUAAUGCGAUAUGAUGAUGAAUUGUAAAAAUUGGGAUGGGUUAUAUAGAAUCAUAUAAUGAAAAGUUAUUAAUGAACUAACAAUUCUGGGAAGA